CGGUGGCGGAGGCGACAGCGGCCGUCUCCGGGCAGCUCCCCCGAGCCCGGCCAGACCCCUGCCCCUGCAGCGCUCGAUCCCCACGGGGCUCGACCCAGCGGAAUGGGGAAGCAGAACAGCAAACUCCGCCCGGAGAUGCUCCAGGACCUGCGGGAAAACACGGAGUUCUCCGACCUGGAGCUGCAGGGCUGGUACAAGGGUUUCCUGAAGGACUGUCCCUCGGGCAUGCUGGACGUGGAGGAGUUCAAGAAGAUCUACGCCAACUUCUUCCCCUACGGCGACGCCUCCAAGUUCGCCGAGCACGUCUUCCGCACCUUCGACACCAACGGCGACGGCACCAUCGACUUCAGGGAGUUCAUCAUCGCCCUGAGCGUCACCUCCCGCGGGAAGCUGGAGCAGAAGCUCAUGUGGGCCUUCAACAUGUACGACCUGGACGGCAACGGCUACAUCAGCCGGGAGGAGAUGCUGGAGAUCGUGCAGGCCAUCUACAAAAUGGUCUCCUCGGUGAUGAACAUGCCUGAAGAUGAAUCCACUCCGGAGAAAAGGACGGACAAAAUCUUCCGACAGAUGGAUACUAAUAACGACGGGAAGCUCUCGCUGGAGGAAUUCAUCCGAGGGGCCAAGAGCGACCCGUCCAUCGUGCGCCUGCUGCAGUGUGACCCCAGCGGGGCCAUGCAGUUCUGAGCCCUGCCGACCCCCAGAGCAUCCCCCAGAGCCCCCCCCGACCCCGCAGACGGUGUCACUGUCCCUUGCCCGGACCCCCGGUCCCUGCU